AUGUCGAGUAUGGCUGGAAUAUCUGAGGGCCCGACGAAAUUCACGGGUGCCAUUGAGCUCAACAACAAAGGCAAGUCCUUCACCACUGUCGGUAAUCCAUGCGAUGAAGUUGGAUCGUUACUUACUCACCUAAUCUUCACAGUUGCUCCAAUAUCACCUUUUGUAUCAGUCCUGGAGGACAUGAUCCAGGAACAAUACGACCGAGCUGACGAUUGCCUGGACUCUGACGAUGAAGGUGACGAGCUUACGAGGGACGUCAACAUGCGCGUCAGGAGGCGGAUGAAGAUAGCACGGAAUGGCAUUCAAGCAAUGGUUUAUGCAGCGUUUGCCAUGUUGCGCAUUCCAAAGCGGGUCGUCCGCCGGCAGCCUGCCCAUGACCACGACGCUGGUGAAGAAGACGAGUAUUCCAGGGAACAAAGGCUGGUAGAACGCCUGGAUGAAAUCGAGCAGGAGAUGGACGACUCAAUGGCGACGUUGCAAAUGGUCCGGCGGGUGACACUCCUUGCGGAUGCACUGGCUAAGGAAGUGCAGAAGGUGAAGGCUGAGUGCGCAAACUGGGAUGACAGCAUCUCCGAACGGAAGCGGACUGUGAACCGGAGGAUGGAUAGCAUUGCAGAUAUCGCGGAACAAAUCAUGGCAUCGUGUCAAGACGCUUUCCAACCCUACCGCACACAAGACAAGCAUUAUUCCCAGGUGUGGUCUGUGAUCUAUUUGUGCCGCGACGCGGGGAAAGAGGUGGAUGAGGUGCAACUGCAUUCCUUGAACUGGUAG